GAAAAACCAAGCUAGGGAGGAGAGAUCUAGACAGCUAGUCAUAAAGAAUCUAAAUGAGGUGAUACCGUUUGAAAAAAGAAAAAGAAAAAAAGGGAAGGUAAAAAUCUUUGAGGAAGAGAUCAAUGAGGUGAAACCGUGAAACCAUUUGAGUAAGAUCUCAAUAAAGUUAAACCAUUUGAGAUUUCGAACACACUACUGUCAACCAUAUCACACAGAACAUUCUCUCUCCCCAUAAAUAAGUCGUUACCGAAUUUAAGAAAUCUGAAAACCCCUCAUUUCCUCACUUUUCAAAUUUCAAAACCCUCCAAAACAAACCCACCGCGAUUCCACUCUCACUCUCUCGAUCCGACCCAUGGAGCCGAACGGAUCCGAACCCGGAUCCGAGGCCGACAAGCUGGAGGAGUUGAGGGAAAUGGCGGAGAAGAUUCAAGAGUACCGGGCCACUCUACCGGAGCAGCUCAGGAAAACGCUGCCGUCUUUUAUCGAAGCUCAAAGACCCGUUUUGGGUGAUGGGUCGGAGCCUGGGACGUCUGGGGCUCCGUUUUCGGGACACAUUGAUUCUGAUAAGGAUGCGAUAGGGGAUCAGACGUUUCAGAAGAUAACUUUGCUUAGAGACAAAAUCUCUCGUAAUGUUGCUGCAUUGCCAAUAGUCUUGAAGAGGUUGAGGGAGUGUAUGUCUAAUAUUGACAAACUGGAUUCUCAAAACACGUUCAUAUAUCCUGCAAUUAAACGGAAAAGGACUAGCUAGACCAAGUUUGGAACAUUUCAUUGGUAAGGAAUACCAAGAAACAUAUAUUAACAGAAGCUUUUCUGCGAUAGUUUCUACAUUGCAACAAUCUGUUGUUGAUUGAGUGUGACACAGCUGUUUGAAGAUUGAUUGAAUUUGAUUGGUACAAUGAAGCUUGCCACAAUGUGUAGUUGCUAACAUGUCAUUGUGUUACGAGUUUGCAUUGUGAUGUAAUUACUUGAAUAGAGGAUUGAAUUGAACUAUCCUAGCAGUGCUGCAAUGUGUAUUCGCAAGUGUUCCUAUAAUGCUCAUAUUUCUGAUAAGAAGUGCUGAAGAGGAGGACAA